CCCGGCCCCGACGGGACGAGGACGUCCCUCUCGCCGUCAUCUCGCGGGGCGUGGCGAGGGGCGGGCUGCCCGCCGGCCCGCUCGCUUUCAAAAGUCGCUUGGCGGGCAGGGCUUCCUCUUCCUCCUUGCGCCCUCCCCUCCGACCCUCUCCGCGGCGAGAGGCAGCUGCCCCGUCCGCAGCGAUGGCCGCCGACACGUCCUUCUUCAGCCUGAGCGGCGUAAGAGAGAGGAUGCGGGAGAAGAAAAAGGGUGCCUUGAGGACUGCGAAGUUGAAUGCCUCGCUCGUAUCCAAAAUCAAAACGAAAAUCAUUAACAACUCUUCUACUAUUAAAGUCUCCCUGAAACACAACAAUAAAGCAUUGGCUCUGGCCCUCAAUGCAGAGAAAGCCAAUGCACAGCGGCUCACCCAGGAGAAAACCAUCUUACAGAAGGAGGUGGAGCAGUGCCACUUCCAGAAUGCUGUGCUGCGGCACAGGCUCUCCUUCCAGGAUCAUAUCUUGAAAGAAUUUGAAAAUCUUAUGGCUGCAGUUAAGACGGCCCGGCUGUCUGAGUUCCAUACAAAUUCUGCAUCCUUGUCCAGUGGCCAGAAGAGCAGCAUGACUGAAGAUUGCUGGGCUGAUGAUAUUGCAGAUGGUCAUCUUCUGAGGGUUACAGGGAUACCAAUGAGGGUGCCCAUUUCCAAGCUGUGUGAUGCAGGACAGCAAGGUGGCAGCUCCACAGCAGUACAAACAUCCUCAGGAGAACUUCAGAGACCUGCUUCUAAUGAGCCCCUGAAAAUUGUGCCUGUUGCCUCCAAAGACACUUUGUCACCACAGCAUUCUGAGGAACCUCAGUCCCACCACGAAGAGAAUGGGAAGAAGUUCACUGAAACAAAGGAAACGCAGGAGGCUUUUCAUGACUCUUGCAUCUUUGGAGAGGUCUUGUGCACUACCGAACAAAAUCCCGACAGUUUCCCAGCCCUUGCCUGGGAAAGUCAUCGUCUUUCGUGUGAGGCUGAUGAGAUGGCAAAACAUUUCCUUGAUCGUCUCUCACAAGGGCACGUUACUCAGAGGAGAAAGCGUUCCACCCUAUUUGCUACAAGCACCCCAUCUUCUGGUGUGGGUAUCUUCCCAUGUGUCAGUUCCACUCAGGCUGCUUUGUGUAGUAUCACAAAGGACAACAGCAGCUCCAGCAACAACAACACACAGCAACAGCUGAAAUCACCCAGCUCCCUGGCUUCACCUACACAAACCACUUUUAUUUCUGAUAGAAAAUCUGUGGGUAAAGAGACUUUCUGUGAUCAGCCACAGGCUAAAGAAACUGAGUGUGGUGUUGAAACGGACUCCACCUAUAGCCAAGUCCCUGAGUUUGUUCCUAUAAAGGUUAAAAGCAAAGGUAGUUGUAAAACUGGUGAGAAAACAACUGUUAAAAAAGCAAGCACAGGAAAAAAGAAAACAAACACAACUAAAAACAGUGCAGAAAGUAGUCCUGAUGUAUCUCAAAGUGAAGAGUGUGCUCAAAAUGCAAAGAAACUUCUUCAGCCAGAAGUUGCAACAUGCUCUACUGAGUCAGAAGUUUUUGAGGUGGGGCAAAAGGCUUGUGUGGGGGCUUUUGACAGCAAGAACAGAGACUGUAGUGUGGAGCACCAUUCCCACUCUCCUGAUAGAAUCCAAGAUCUUGAAAGUACAUAUGUGGUGAAUCCAGGACAGCUGCCCAGUCUUGAAAGUGGUGACUUAAUGCAACAGGUUAAGAAGGGACCUAUCUUUGAGAUCCAAAAUAUGGAGAGUUUAUUAAAAAGCCCAGUUCAUACUUUUUCAAGUCAUGAAAUUCCCUCAGAUGAUUCCAGUCCCCAAAAUUCACUUUGCUUCAGGAAAGAGACCUCAAGUGCCUGUGCUUUGCAGGAGGACUCAAGUGUGAGCAGAAAGAGCAUCAGACAGAAAACCAACAGAAAAACUAGAGUAAUUAGGCAAAGAGAUGAUUCUGAUGAGGAGUAUCUGCCAAAGAGUGUGAAAAUACGAAAGGCCAAAGCUGAAGAACAUCCUAAAAGAAGCCAGACAACGAGGAAAACUGUCAGGUUAAGCAAUUGUGAUCAGAGAAACGAAGUUGAUGUUUUUGGGCCCUGUAUAGAUGUUCAAGGAGUAGCUAAGGAGGGCACAAAGGAUUUGCCUGGUAAUGUUAAACGUAACAGGAAAACUUACAUUGUCCAUCCUUUGGAUCUUGCAGGAAACUUGGAUUGCAUCCAGACAGAAUUUGAUGGGGGUGAAAAUGUACCUCCCCGGUCAGUUCCUGGGAUCAAAGCUAGCAAAAUCCCCAGAGCUGCUAAGAACUAUCGAAAGAGCAAUAAAAAACAGACAGGGGGCCUUCAAGAACAAAGGCAAGCUAAUGUUGACAACAACAUGAGUGAUUUGAAAAAAAAAGCCUAUUGCAAACCCAAGCCUCAGAGGAACAACUCUAGACCUCCAGAGUCUGAUUCCCUGGCCAGACAAAGUGAUGGUGCCAAUGUUCUCACUGGAAGUUCAACAGAACUUGCACCCAAGCAAACCGUCCCUGUGGCGAAGUUUUCCUUCAUUACAGAUCUGCUGUCUGAGCCAGAUGGCUUCCUGGAGGAGCAGAUACCUGAGAUAUCACUUACAAAUACUCUUAUGGACCUUCCUAACAAUCUUGAAUCCUCCUCUGUUACCAGUUGUGCAGCUUUGCCUGUCAGCUCCAGGCUUACUGAAGUACCAGUUUCCAAGAACUUGAGUGCUGAGGGCAACAGAAUGCCAGAAAAAUCCCCUGUUUGGCUGAAAAGCUCCCUGAUGUUUAAGGAAAAGACUGCAGAGGAAAUACCUGGGGAAGCAAACCAAGUUCAGUCAAGUUCUCAGAGUUCACCUUCACAGGAACCUGAGAUCAGACCACUACAGGACUUGAACAAUACCAGGAUUCUGUCCUGUUCCAUCUCAGAAGAAGUAUCAGGGCGCUCAUCCAGGCGGAGACGGAACCCAGCCUGCUAUAAAGAACCAAAACUCAACAGUAAACUGAGGCAGGGCGACCCAUUUACAGACACUGAGUUCUUCCGCUCUCCUCUCUACAAAAGAAAAAAGAAUCCUGGUAAAGCCAAGGGAAUGACCCAGAAGAUGAAAGAGGAAAAAGAAUGGCUUCCUGAAGGAUGUCCCAGUGCCAAGCACUUCAGCAACAUCCAUCAGUUCAUGAGGAUAGACUGGGUCUUGCUGUACUGUGCAGAGUCCUCCAGAAGAUGGAAACUUUGUUAGUACAGAGGGAAAAGAGUGUCAUCUGCAGUUGGGUAAAUGCUACCACAUUGCUUAUAUGUAAACAGUAGUAGAAAGUCAUUAAAACUAGCAAACAAAAAGCAUAAGAUUUAAAAAUGCCCUCUUACUUAUUUGUUCAGCUUCCUCGAAGGUACCAAGCUUUCUCUGGUACUCUGUAACUCUGGAAGCCAGGUAGGAACAAUAAAUAACAGGGAAUUUGUUAGAGGUGCUGUUGUAGUAGGACCUGCCUGACUGUGUUGAACUACUGAUGUCAGAAGCCAGGCAGGAACAUGGAUCUCCAGCUGUUCCCAGUAAUUGUUUUCAUUGCCUCUAGGGGUCAGAAAUGGGGCUUUUUCCAGCUCUAUGUCUUAUGUGCUUGUACUAACAGAAUUGUAGACUGCAUUCAUUCCUAUUGAAGGUAUAGUGAC